AUGGCCGAUUAUGGCCGUAUAGAUCCAUUCUCCUUUGCAGCCUCUCGAGAUAUCGAAAGCCCAGUCAGCAUCCGAAUAAUAGGAAUCGACGGAGACGUACCCCCCACCAAAUACUCGACGCUCCUCGAUAAGCCCCAAGUCCGUCAUAUUGGCUCAAACACGAGGCGACGACGCUCUAAUGCUCGCGUGACUAGUUCCUCGUCCGAGCUUUAUGUCACGGUUCAAGUAUGGGCAGGCUCCAAGGCCCUGACCGUGCCGGUUCAGACAUCUUACAAACCCCCUCGUCAAGAGAGAAGGUGGAAUGAAUGGCUGCGGCUCCCUAUUUCGUACAAGUCGAUACCAGCCAACUCCCGCUUGGCCAUCACCAUAUGGGAUCUUUCACCGGCCGAAGGCGAGAACGAUGUUUGCCAUGCGACGCCGUUUGGGGGGACUACUCUCGCCUUGUUUGGCGACGAUAACCAGGUCAUCAGGGGUCGUCAAAAAUGUUACGUCCACAAGUACAAGCACGCCGAUGGGACUGAUAACACGACAACGCCUGCGGUUGUCAGAAUGAAUGGAAAUGGGGCGCCACAGUUGGCUGAUUAUACAGAGGAACUGGAAAGGAUGGAGAGUCUGUUCAAGAAGCACGAGAUGGGCGAGAUACCCCGAGUGGACUGGCUUGACCAGAUGGUGUUCAGGGGAUUCGAAAAGAAGGGGUUACAUGCCGCCAAAAUGUCAACCAAGAUGCGCCAGCAAGAUGUCACCGCGAAUGCAAAGGACGACGGCGGGGCGCAUGGCAUUCUGGAUCACUCUCGCGGAGACACAACGGAUCCAUAUGUGUGUGUGCUGAACGUGGAGCUACCGCGAUUCGACUUUCCGGUUGUCUUCGCUGAUCAUGAGUACGACCCUCCUCCGAUAUCAUCUCUCCAACCACUUUCCGCCUCGCAAAUCGCAGCGCAGAGACGUCCAGAGGUCCAAUUUGGCCCCGGAAUCAAGGCAAUCGGCGAGAGCUCGGCAGACUUUGGCUCACACCUAGUGAUGAUAUACGAUCCCGAAGUAGGGCAGAGGGACAACCCGGCAGAAGCGAAGCACAGGCGCCUUUUCCGCAGUUCCCAUCGACACGGCAUCCUCGAUCGGGAUCUCAAGCCCAACGCAAAAGUCCGUGACGAGCUCAACGUUAUCAUGUCAUACCCACCAACACAUAUCCUUACUCCCGAAGAGGCAGAUCUCGUUUGGAAGUUCAGAUAUCACCUUACGAAAGACAAGAGAGGCUUGGCCAAGUUCGUCAAGUCUGUCAACUGGAACGACCAAAACGAAAUGAAGCAAGCCGUUCAAGUUCUUGGCCGCUGGACGGAGAUUGACGUGGAUGACGCCCUUGGGAUGCUAGGGCCCUCGUUUGACAACCCGACUGUUCGGUCGUAUGCCGUCGACCGAUUACGCAAGGCCGACGACAAUGAAUUACUUCUUUACUUGCUCCAAUUAGUACAGGCUCUGAAGUAUGAGCACAUGUCGGCGGACACCGGCGUGGAAAACAUUCAACAUUCACCGCUGGCCCAGUUUCUCAUUCAGCGUGCGGCAGCGAAUUUUAUGCUGGGCAACUAUUUCCACUGGUAUCUCAUGGUCGAGUGCGACGACUACAGCCCGGAGCAGGAUGAACGCAAUCGCGAGAUAUAUCGCAAAGUCGCGUACGAGUUUAUGACUGAGCUCGUCAAGCAGCCGGACGGCAACGAAUCUCGAAAGACGCUGCUCAGGCAGGCGGAGCUCCUUGCGAUCCUGUCAAGGAUUGCAAACGACAUCAAGCUUUCGAGCGAGCCAAUAGCCAAGAAGACCGACAGAGUCAAGGCAUUUCUCGGAGAUCCUAAGAACGAGCUCACCGUUAUCGAUCCGCCACUGGCGAUGCCCCUUGAUCCCUCCAUCAAGAUUACCAGUGUGAUACCUGAUCAAGUCACGGUUUUCAAGUCGUCGCUCAAUCCAAUCAAGUGCACAUUCAAGACCACAACGGGCGGCCAGUAUCCGAUCAUAUUCAAGCUCGGCGACGAUUUAAGACAAGACCAACUGGUUAUUCAGAUCAUUACUCUGAUGGACGAGCUCCUCCAGAAGGAAAACCUGGACCUCAAGCUGUCCCCCUACAAGAUCCUGGCCACGAGCACGACGGCGGGCGCAUCUCAGUUCGUCCAGUCGCAAAGCUUGUCAAGCAUUGUCAGCAAGUACAAGAAUAACCCGGCGCUCGCCUACCUCAAACACCAUAACCCGGACGACAGACAGCCACUUGGCGUCCGGCAAGAGGCACUGGAUACCUAUGUAAAAUCAUGCGCGGGAUAUUGCGUUAUCACCUAUAUCCUGGGAGUUGGCGACCGCCAUCUCGACAACCUCUUGCUGGCUCCUGAUGGACAUUUCUUCCAUGCUGAUUUUGGAUACAUCCUUGGCCGCGACCCCAAGCCAUUUGCCCCCGUCAUGAAGCUUUCCAAAGAAAUGGUGGACUGCAUGGGCGGAGUGCAAUCAGAGCACUACCGCCAAUUCAAGCAGUAUUGCUUCUUGGCUUACACUGCGCUGCGGAAAUCGUCAAAUCUCAUUCUCAACCUGUUCAGUCUCAUGGUUCACGCCAAUAUUCCAGACAUCAGGCUCGAACCGGACAAGGCUGUGUUGAAAGUGAGGGAGAGGUUCCACCUUGAGAUGGGGGAAGAGGAGGCGAUUCUCUAUUUUGAGAGGAUUAUCGAAGAUACUCUGACGGCGUUUGCACCUGUUGUUAUUGACAAAUUGCACGAGUGGGCGCAGGCUCUCAGGGCUUAG